UUAUGACUUGUCUCUACCUUAAAAGCCUGUGAUUUGUUGUCACUCCCAAAAUCACAACACAUUUGCCUUGUCAAUAGAAUUUCCAAAUAUUUAUUUCUUCAAUACAUUUUCCUAAACAUUCAACCUUUCACCUUCAAUUCUUGUCAAACUCAAAUUUUUUCAUAGACCCUUUUCAACAAUUUUCAAGCUUUUUCAAUUAUUCACAACUCCAUUAUAAUUGGAUACAAUUUCUUUAAAUUGGUCUUUUAUUUUCCAUACCCUUUUGGUUUGUUUCAUAGAACAAGGUUCUAUUGAGUCUUUGAAUGCCAAACUUGUAAAGGAAAAAGAAAAACAACUCAAACAUGCUUGGUUGCAAAUUGUAGCAUCAUUUCUUUAUUUUGGCUUCAAAUAUUCGAGGCUAGAGAUGACUUCACACCAUGAAAAUUCCGAUAUGAAAGAUGUAUCAGGUCCACAAAAAAGAUUAAACAAUCUGAUGCAUCAAGCUGGAAACAAGUAUUGCGCCGAUUGCGGAACUCCAGAACCAAAAUGGGUAUCUGCAAGUCUUGGAGUAUUUAUUUGUAUCAAGUGUUCUGGCAUACAUAGAAGUCUAGGAGUUCACAUAUCAAAGGUUGCAUCAUUGAAGCUAGAUCAAUGGUCAAAUGAGCAAGUUGAUGCAUUAGAGAAGUUGGGUGGAAACACAUUGUUAAAUAAAAAAUAUGAAGCUUGUCUCCCAAGUAAUAUAAAAAAACCAAAACCACAUACAUCAAUUGAAGAGCGCUCCGAAUAUAUUAGGAAAAAAUAUGAGCAACUACAGUUCGUAGAGUGUGAUGAAAAAUUAUCAUGUGCAAUUGUACCGUCUCAAGGAAGAAGUUUAGCAUUGUUACAGAGUAGUUCUUCAUGUUACACAUAUCAUAUCGACAACAAAAAAUACGAUAAAGCUCCGACAAAACAUCGUAUUGGACACGCAUUUCGAAAUAGUUGGGCAAGAAAAGAUUCUGAUCACAAGUCGGCUUCAAAGAAGAGUACCUCACUGGCAGGUAUGGUUGAAUUUGUUGGAUUGAUUAAGGUUAAUGUUGUGAAAGGAACUCACCUUGCGGUUCGCGAUGUAAUGACUAGUGACCCUUAUGUCAUCCUUUCUUUGGGGCACCAAUCAGUAAAAACGCGCGUUAUAAAGAACAAUUUGAAUCCAGUUUGGAAUGAAAGUCUAAUGCUAUCAAUUCCAGAGAACAUUCCUCCCCUUAAAGUGCUAGUGUAUGAUAAGGAUACAUUUUCAACUGAUGAUUUUAUGGGUGAGGCUGAAAUAGACAUUCAACCACUAGUUUUAGCUGCAAUUGCAUAUGAGAAAUCAACAAUCAAUGAGUCUAUGCAGCUUGAGAAAUUUGUAGCAAGCAAGGACAGAAGUCUUGUUAGAGAUGGUAUCAUAUCUCUUCAUGAAGGGAGGAUCAAACAACAAAUCUCAGUGAGGCUACAAAAUGUUGAAAGAGGUGUUCUUGAGAUUGAACUUGAAUGUGUUCCUCUUACUCAAUAGAAACACAAUUUUGAAGCAUAUAAUAAAAUAUCUCAUGAAUAUUAAUUUGUUUAUCGAUUAUUA